CUUGCGGUUCAACAACAGCUUUUGAAGAUUCCUUGAAGAAAAUCGAACUGAGACCACGAAAAAACCAAAAACACGACAUGUCUCAGUUCUUGCGUGGUAAGACAAAGCCCAUUUUGAAACACCUUUCGAAAGAGUUGGGAAAGAAACGGGGUAUUAAAUGGUUUGUUAACGUUAAAGUACGGUUUGUAAAACAUAAACCCGAUGGCGAAGAUUUAAUAACCGAGCCUCAUUUUCGCAGUCUCUGUAUGAAAACAGUUAAUCAGCACGAACUGUCUAAUCAACUGGAUGAAGCGAAGCAGAAAAUUGUCCAGUCGCUGGUGUUAUUUCAAAAAGAAGGAAGUGGUUGGAUAUUAGACGAAAUCCUUCAUCUUGACCUUUGCAUGGCCAAGUAUACUCCAGUAAAAGGAUCCAGUUACGUCCCACUACCUAGAACUAUUGCAGGAAAGAAAGCAGUGAUCAACGUUAAGAAUUCCGACAGCAAAUGCUUCAUGUGGGCCGUCCUUGCUGCUCUUCAUCCUAUUCACUGGAAGAAUAACCCGGAAAGAUUACAUCACUAUGAAAAUUUUCAAGAUGAAUUAAAUUUUAAUGUCAAAACCAUCAUAAAGCACGGAUGUUUUACUGCCGCUAUUGCUUUCAUGGAUUUAUCCGCGAAGACUUGCUUCAAGAGCAUGAACCACACUGCUGUCAACAUGCAGCUCAACGCAUCGAACUCCCGACUGAAGAGAAUGCUCAACUGUUCUUUAAAGACUACUAUAAACAGUUGAAAGU